UUUUAGAUUAUGUGGGAAAAUCCCAACGUGAUCCCAACCUAAAACUAGUAAAAAUGACAAAACUGCACUAUUGCUUUGCUUUGCUUUUUUUAAUUUCUGAAUAAAACAAAGAUCUUAAUAAUAUACCCAAACCUGUGAUAUUAUGGCUUCAGAUGGUGAUGUUCCAGAAACUGGAGCCCAGAUAUACAAAAUACAAUGUACGCAUUACCCUGAAAUAUUCGAGUUGGAUAAGUCUGUCUGCAAAGAAUACUUUCGACAGUUUGGAAAAGUCCUAAGGGUAAUCUUCAAACCGAGACAACGGGCUAUUGUUGUCCAGUAUGUUAAUAAAAAUGACUACUUUAAUGCAUUGGCCGGGCCUAGUGAAUAUGAAGGUCAUCCUUUUAAACUAGAACCAUUUGAGUCACCAGUUACCAUACCUGCCCCUUCGGAAAGUGAUUCCGGACCAAUGAAAAGAAGCAGAGAAAAAAUAGUACGAGCCCACAAGUUAAUAUAUCGCAAUCCUCGCAUGCAAACAAGCAAUACCCAAAGGGUGUCAUACGUAGAUAAAGAAGAAUUGAAUGAGGAACUUGUUGCAAUGGCCGGAUAUUCAAAUGUUAAAGAGUCAAUUGAUCUCACGUCUGAAGAUGUUGCGCCUCAUCGAAAACCGAAAUUGAUACCAAAAUUAAACAGAGUAUGGAAGAAGUCAGAUCAGGUCACUACAACAGUACCUGCAGACAAAUCGAAUAAACUUAAAUUACUCAAAAAGAAAUCUAAACCAAAAACUAUAACACUUACAGCUGAGCAAUUAGAUCUGCUGAAAAUCAUUAGGUCUCAGGCAACAACAAUUGAUGAAAAAUACAAGCUUUUGGAUGCCAGAGACAAAUUUUUUAGGUCAAAUAUGAAAAAGUCCAAUUUAAAUUAUACGCCCACUUUAGGAACUUGUCCGGAUAUGUGUCCCGAGAAGGAACGCUUAUUGCGUGAAAUACAACACCAGGUAUCAAUGUAUGAGCAAGAUGGAACGAAUAGACACUCAAUGAGCCAAGUAAAGGCAGUGAAACAAUACAGUCGAAGUUCAGCAGAUCAAGAAUCGCCUUUAGCACAUGAGCUGAGGCCAGUGUCAGUUUUACAAAUGACCAUGGUUUAUCUCAUGUAUAAUAUUAUGGAUUUGGUCGAAGAUGAAUCAGACGUAAAUAUAGGAGAAUGGUUUCAUUUUCUAUGGGACCGCACGAGAGGCAUAAGGAAAGAUAUAACGCAACAAGCUUUAUGUUCCCAGGGUUCAGUGGAAUUAGUCGAGCAAUGUGCAAGAUUUCAUAUUCAUUGUUCUGCACGUUUUAUGGGUGAAGACCCAUCUGUAUUUGAUCAGAAAAUUAACACCGAAAAUCUAACCAAGUGUCUGCAAACUUUAAAGUACAUGUAUCACGAUUUGGAACUUAAAGGAGAGAUGUGUCCAAACGAACCGGAGUUCCGAGCGUAUAUAAUAUUGCUAAAUAUUUGUGAUGGCAAUUUUAUGUGGGAGGUCCAGAACUUACGUACUGAUAUUCAGAAAUCUCCCGAAGUUAAGUUUGCCCUUCAAGUAUACUCGGCGUUCGAAAAGCGACAUUUUGUGAAAUUUUUCAAACUAAUAAGAUCAACGACAUAUUUAAAUGCCUGUAUUCUUAUGCGAUAUUUUGUGCAAGUUCGGCUGCAAGCAAUAGAAUCCCUGAUCAAAUGCUUUACUCCGCCCAAAAGCAUAUCUUUUUACCCAGUUCCAGAAAUAGCCUAUUUGCUUCUUUUUGAUGACUUUGAAUCUACUGUGGAUUUCAUGAAAACAUUUGGUAUCGGAAUGAACAAGAACAAUACCAAUUUUAUGAUUGAUCGAAGCACUUUCUGUAUCCCAGAGUAUCCCUAUGUUUUGGAAAGAUCAAAAUGUGUAGAAAGCAAAAGAAGUUUAUCCGUAGGCGCUGUAGUUAAUGGUAGGGAAAUAUCUCCCGAAUUAUACAUGGAAGUACAGUCUCAUGAAGUCUAUAACAGCUUUGAUAAAGACGGCUAUCUGAUUCAGGAUGAAUUGUUCAAUGACAUAGAACUAGGUAUUGAAGAACGAUUACUGGAUGAUGUUGAUUCGAGAGAGUCCACCCCAGAGAGAAAAAGUAUUGUUACUAAUAUAUUCGCACCAACGGUACAGUCUAACAUUACUACUCGAAAAGCACCGCGGAGCGUUCCUACUGCCCCAAACGAUGCCAAUAUAUUUGCUCAAUCAAAAUCGGAGGCCCUUCCAUUUAAAAGUGAAAAUUCAAAUAUUUUUGCUGUAAAGAAAACCGAUUCGAUAGAUAUUUUCAAUCAAGCAAAAACGGAACCGUCAAAUAUUUUCUCUGAAAUCAAAAGGGAAUCCACUCAAAUCCAACAAGAUAAGAUAAAUAACAUUUUUGGAGCUGAUAAAAUGGAUUCUACAGAUGGUUUUAAACCAAAGAAUGAAUUGAGCUCCGCACCAAAUAUUUUCGCACCAGUAUUUAAAAGUGGUGCACGAAAUGAAAGUAACGUUUUCAGUCAGCAACCAAAAGAGGACAAUGUAUUUUUGAAUAAAUCUCAUAACGAAAACGUAUUUAAUAAGCCAAAUACGCUAUUUACUGAACACUACCGGGCAGAUCCCCGAACGCAACCUAAGGCACCCAAUUUAACAGAAACAUUUGCCUCGUCCCAGCCUAAAAACAUAUUUGGUGGAAGUAAUCAAGAACACCCCACAGCUUUUCCCAGCAAAGGUGGAUUUACAUUCGAACUCAAUCGCCCAUUAAAAUCCGAUGUUAUUAAUCCAACUAUAGUUCAACAUACCGAUAAGGUAAUCGACGGUGAAUUAAAUAUUGAUACAGAUACAAAAGUGAGCGCAGAAGAGCUGCUUAAAAUUGAAAUGGAAAAGAAGAGACAGGAGCAGAAGAAAGCACAAGAGGAACUAGAGAAACGUUAUAAGGAGGAGCAACAAGCUGAACGGAAAAGGCAAGAGCAAAUUGAAAAACAACGACAAUUGGAACAGCAAAGAAUAGAUAAGAAAAAAAGACUGGAAGAGGACAGAGUACGACGUGAAAAGCAGGUCGAACAAGAAAGGAAGCAAAAAGUAGAACAAUUAAAGAAACUACAAAAUGAAAUAAAGGAGAAACAAAAACGUGAACAAGAAGAGAAGGAAAGAAAUCUGGAAAUUCAAAAAACUGUUAAGUCAGUUGUUAACAAAAUGGUUGAAACGGUUGAUUUAAAACUUCGCCAAGAAACAUUAAAGAAAAUAAAGACAAAUAUCAAAAGAAGAUAUUUGAUAAGUAUAUGUAAAAAAUGGCGCAACAUCGCUAACAGAAAGAUGAAAAGGCGUAAAGCUUUAGACUGCAACCCUAUUUUCGUCCACUCAAAAAGUGUGGCUGAAUGUGCUAAGGAUCUUCAUUCUAGCUCCCAGGAAUUAGCAUUAAGCAAUAUAAAAAGAUACAAAAGUGGACAAGCAUCGCCUAUACUUUUAACGAGAAAGCAACCGAUUGGACAACUGAAAUUGUUUAAUCUCACAUACUCAUCACUCAGGAGAAGACUGUGUGAAUUAAAAGAGAAAUGGCACCAGCGUAUUUAUUGGAAAGUUGUGAUAUCUCUUCCUGGUAUCGAUGAAAUGUUAACAGGUCUCAAUAAAUUAGAAGAAACUCUGAAGGCAUACGUAAAUUGGCAAUUGGACAAAUAUGGAAAUACCAUUUAUAUUGAAAACCACAAAACGGUAACGUAUUGUGUAGAAAAGCAACAAGGGCUGGAUGUAAAUAGCAGCGAUGCCAAUGGCUUUGUGUUCAUUGCGAAGAAUUUUAACGAUAUAAUGCAAAGAAGAGUGUUUCAAAUUUUAAAAAAUGUUGGUGUAUAUGUGAAUCUACCCAUUGUUCUUAUUCUGGAAGACACUACGAAUUCAGAAGAAUAUCUUCGGAAUCUCAAAAAAACUGGGGUGGUUUCGGAUUUCGUUAUAUACAGUUGGAAUACAAGUUUACAAGUUUUGCCCAGCAUUAUUGACAACGGUUUUAUUUUUCUAUCGAAAAGGGUACAAAAAAUGCCACCUUUAGAAUUGGAUACGUUCCAUGACUUUUUAACAAGGCACUUGUGUACUGAAAUGUGGAAAAAAGCCGCUAGUUAUGCCAAAUGGAACCAUGAAUAUCAUUUUUGCAUGAGGGAUCCAAAUAUAGUAAUUGGAUUAUACAAUGAAGGAUUGGAGCGUUUGAGCAGAAUAAUUACGGAUGCGAAUAACAAAGAACACCCCAUUUUUCCUGAGAUAUUUAGGGAAUAUUUGCCCUGUAAAAUACCUCCGUUUUUACCAUGUGACUAUAGGUAUUUUCCAAGUUUUUGGACGUCGCCAACCUAUGAGAAACAGUUGAAAUCCAUUCUUGCUAAUUUACAACUACCUAAAUUUAUUGAAAAGUGGCCACCCGAAAAUGAUACCGAUUUGCUGGUGAGCAUUUCAAAAUACUGCACUGAAGUAUUUAAAAAUCCCAAAGAUCCACUCGUCCGGCUGCUCCAUAUUCUGAAAGCAAGUGCAGAAGAAUUUGGCUUUGAAAAAGUUACUUGGACCGAGGCCAUUCAAGUGAUAGCCCGGAAAAAGCUUGACGAGCAAACUUUCAAAUUACCACCCGAAAUGGAAUCCGAUAAUUUUGAAACCUUAAUAGUGGUUUACGAUGUUAAUGGACUCAGUGAAUUUUCUUCGACUGAGUGGUUCUACAGAAACAAUCCUGUAGUAGAAGGUUUCAAAAAAAUAAUCGCCGGCAAACUGGAAGAUGAGACUAAUAUGAAGAGAUCUGCAUUAAAAAGGAGGCAUAGCAUUGACGAGAUGAUUGAUCAAGAUGAACUACUCCGCAUCAUGGACAAAGCUGAAAAGAUGUUAAGAUCGCCAAAGAAUUUUCGUGCGGACACUAAGAUUCAAAUAGAAGCACUAAAUCGAAGCUUACAGGACCUUGAAGAUUCCAUUAAUGUGGUCAAGAUAAUGGAUGAUAGAAAUUUGCUUCAUAAAUUUCUGGAGCAAUGAAUUAAAUGUAACUUAGUAUAAAUGUUGACCAAUAUGAAUAAUAAAUUAUUUCUUGAUAAA